CGAUGUGGGUGGUUAAUGGGCUGGCGGUGGCGCUGGCCGUGGCCGUGUUGCCCGGCGGUACGCGGGCUUUGCGGCCGGGCGACUGUGAAGCGCAAACUGAGUGGAUGCUGCAGGGAUCUGUGCAGCUGAGGAUUUGGAGUGGGGGUUGAAAUGGAAGAGAAUUGAGAGAGACAAAUCAUCAUUCUCCUGGUGCCCCAUCCCCAGCGGACGCUGGGCACAGGAGAGGGGAGGGCAGCACUGAAGCUGGUGUAGCAGCUCAUGCUCUAGCUCCCGUGUGCUGGGGUGGCUCACUCUUGGUUUUGUGGCAUUCAAAUGCAAAGCCCAGGUGGAGUCAUUUCCAGGGAGCCUCAGGAGUGUGCAGUGUGCAUUUCUUUCCUUGGAAGAUUUUAUCAGGACCUUAAAGACCGAGAUGUCACAUUCUCACCAGCCAGCAUUGAGAAAGAGCUUACAAAGGCCUGUAAUGAUGCGAGAGGGAAAGAAAACCGCCUGUGCUAUUAUAUUGGAGCCACUAGUGAUGCAGCCACUAAAAUUAUCAAUGAAGUAUCCAAGCCUCUGAGUCAUCACAUCCCUGUGGAGAAGAUCUGUGAGAAACUGAAAAAGAAAGACAGUCAGAUCUGUGAGCUAAAAUAUGAUAAGCAGAUUGACUUGAGCACAGUGGACCUUAAGAAACUCAGAGUCAAAGAAUUGAAGAAGAUCCUGGAUGACUGGGGUGAAAACUGCAAAGGGUGUGCAGAAAAAUCUGACUACAUCCGCAAAAUCAAUGAACUGAUGCCAAAAUACGCACCAAAGGCAGCCACCUCCCGGACUGAUCUUUAGCUUGCGCGUCUCUGCCUUGGCACCACAGAGAAGCUACAUUUAAUCUCUUUGUUUUGUUUCUUUAAAAGCCCUUUUUUUGUAAUUUAUUUUCAAGAGGACUCCCAGUGGUGUCAGUUGUGAAACUGGAGCUUUUCACAAAAUGCUGGUUCUCCAGCUCCAUUGCAUUUCUGUCCUGUUUUUUGUUUCCUCUCUUUUUGCUGUUGGCUUCCUUUAGGACUUCACCAUAUGUAUGGGGUUUUUUUAUUAAAGUAAAAAAAAAUAAAUCUA